GUUUCGCGUCAAAUUGUUGUUCCCCAUUUUUUUAAAUAAUUUUAUCAUAUUUUUUGAUAACAGAAGGAAAUUCAAAUCCACCGAUCAUGUAUUUAGUUUUUAAAAAGAUUCUGCAUAACAAACGUUUCUCUAGGAACAGACUUCCUAGUUUAUUUCCGAAACGGUGGCUAAACACUAAAACGUUAACGAAAACGUACCGUACCAAAUUAAAUUAAGCCACUCACAGACUCAGAUGCUAUUUACAAUUUACUCCUUAAAGAAACACUAAAAUUAGUCAAUGAUAGAAGUACAGGGAGAAUUUUAAAUAAUUUUCAUUGGUAUUUCAACGUACUCUUGUUCUGUGUAGGUAGUCAGGAAUCUAAACUUGUUGCUUCUAUUUACAACUCAAGUCAAUUAGUCUUAUUGUAAUUUCAUUUGUACGCUAAAUCUGAUGGAAGUUAUUGAUAAUUCGGAUAGUUUCAACAAAAUCAGAUAUUUUUGUUCUGUGUUCCUCGAAAAAUUCAUGAUCUAGAAGUGUUCCGCGGUUUGAAAAGGUUGGAAAUCAAUGAUAUAUCUUGAGUAAUCUUAUUAUUUUAUAUUUCAUUGAUCAGACUAUUCAACUUGGGCUGAAAAUCACUUCAAAACAGUAAAUAAUAGUUGGGAAAUAUAAUUUUACUCAAAAAUCAAGGUAAAUUUUGUCAAUAUGGCUGCUGGAAUUGGAACUGUACAGUAUUCAGCAAUUGCUGCAAAAAAGUCACUUCCACAGUUAUCACCUGAACAACAAGGAGCUCUCAUGAAAGCUAAGCAAUAUGCUAUGCAGGAAAGUGUAAAGCAUGUUUUGAAAAAGCAACAAAUUGAAGCUGGACUAUUGCCAAAGCCUGGAGAGGAUGGCACAAUGACUCAAGCAAUGCAAUUACAGAGACAACAAGCCCUCGUACUAAUGUGUCGAGUAUAUGUUGGUUCUAUAUUCUAUGACCUAAGAGAAGAGAUCGUCCGUACUGCUUUCGGACAAUUUGGAGUGAUAAAAACUAUUAACAUGUCAUUUGAUCCAAUAACUGGCAAACAUAAAGGAUUCGCAUUUAUUGAAUAUGAAACACCGGAUGCUGCUCAACUUGCGAUGGAACAGAUGUCUGGUAUGUUGUUGGGUGGCAGGCCAAUUAAAGUUGGUCGACCAUCAAAUAUGCCACAAAGUCAUCCGAUUAUUGACCAAAUUUUAGAGGAAUCAAAAACUUCAAAAAGGGUAUAUGUGUCUUCUGUUCACGAAGAUUUGUCAAUCGAAGAUUUGAAAUCUGUGUUUUCUGCAUUUGGUAACAUUACAUCAUGCGCGCUUGCUCCAGAUCCAACAUCUGGGAAACAUAAAGGAUAUGGAUCCAUAGAAUAUGAGACCCUACAGUCAGCUAAAGACGCUAUUACAUCAAUGAACUUGUUUGAUCUAGGAGGACAAAAUCUUAGAGUUGGCAGAGGUAUUGGUCCACCUCCCCCAACGUUGAAAGGAAACUCAUUAGCCAGUAAUUUGAUGGGUGUUCCCAGUCUUCUUGACACACCUGCAGUUCAGUCCCCUGCCGAUAAUUUGCCAAUCACAGUGCCACUAUCCGCACUGCCUGGAACUAUAAUACGCCCAACAGUUGCCCCACCAAAAGUAGUGAUCCCUAAUAUAUUACCAACCCAGCCUCAACAAGUAGCAUCUGUGCCUCCACCUGGGGUAAUUACUCCCACUCUCGGUAUAACUCAUCAAAAUUUCCAAGGAAACUUGGCGGAACUGCCUGGUGUAAUAACAAUACCAGUUGAAAACACUUCAGUGACAUCAAAAAUAAUGAAACUUUGCAAUAUGGUGAGUGUGGAAGAAAUCGAUGAAGAUUUAGAAGCGGAGGUAACGGAAGAAUGUGGAAAGUUUGGUGUGGUUAAAAAAGUUAUUAUUUACAAAGAAAAACAAGGUGAAGAAGAUGAUGCACCGUGUAUUGUCAAGAUUUUCGUUGAAUUUGAAUUGAGUUCAUCAACAGCCACUGCUGUAGAAAGUUUAAAUAACCGCUGGUUUGGAGGACGGCAGAUUGAAGCAACUUUAUUUUCAGAGUCAAACUACAGUAAUGGAGAUUUCAGUGGAUAGUGUUAUUUUUAUGUGAAGGACAUAUGCUCAGCCCGCGGCCCGCAUAUGUAGUUUUCCUAAAGAUUUACUUAUUACUAGCUUCAUUAGAACAUGAAAACUGGUCUCACUUUCACCAUUGGUUUAAACUAUAUAAACUUCAUUUUACUGAAGUGCCUUUACAUUCAAUGUUUGCAUAUUGAUCCACCUUCCUCUGAAACUUGGAAUAAACAGCCUCUCACGAGCAAUUCU